UCGUCAUGCACGAAGUGGUCUAUUUUGGGCGGUCUCUACCUUGGAUCCUGAUCGAUACGCUUGGGUUCUUCAAGAACUACAAGAUUCAAAGCGUAAGUCAUUGUCCAGUAUCCUCAUGUAAUUGUUUGUACUCAUCCGGUCAGAGCAAGAUUCCUUCUUUACGGGAACAGUGGGACUGUGCCAGAUUUGUCCUUUUGAGCCACUUCACCGUGGAAUUGCCGCAAAUUUGGUCAGUCACCCCAGCGAUUCCACUCACAAUCGGGUUUGUUCUAAUACACCAGAAUUUCGUUUAGGCUGUUCCAUCCAAUGGCCCAAUUCUUUGGCCUUUCUACGUCUGUUCCAUUCCCUUCGAUCUGGACCAUGGCAUACCAGAUCGCGAUUUUU